CUUCGAGAGCAUAUUAUGAAAAAGUGCAACAUGGCCGCCAAACUAAAGUCAAUGGAGAUGGAAAUCUCUAAUGGUUUCCUCGUCCAUUUUAUUAUGUCAUCUUUGCCUCCCCAAUUUGAUCCAUUUAUGAUCAACUAUAAUGCGAUGGAUGUUAAAUGGGAGAUUGAUGAAAUGAUGGCGCGAUGUGUGCAAGAAGAAGAAAGGCUUAAGGCUGACAGAAUUGAUCAUGUUAAUCAGUUUGGUCAUUCACAAAAGAAGAAGUAUAGAAAAUUUGUGAAUGAAUAUGUGAAGCCCAAGCCUUAUAAGUUCAAGGAAAAAGGCCAAUCCUCAAAAGGUUCACAGCAAAAGAAGCCAGAAAAAGCGCCUAAUGCUGAAGGAAAUAAUUUCAAUGCUUGCCACUUUUGUGGAAAAGGUGGGCAUAGGCGAAAGGAUUGUUUUGGCUUCAAGAGAUGGCUCAAAGAAAGAGGGAUUCAAUAUGAGGAAGACCCUAAAAAGAGGGGAAAGAACAAUUAGAGUUGCUAAUGGUGUUGAAGCUUAUGCCGAGGCGAUUGGAGACUUCACUCUUACACUUCAUGGCGGUUUUAAGCUUCAGCUAAAUAAUGUUCUCUAUGUACCCUCAAUGAAACGGAAUUUAGUUUCCGUCUCAUGUUUAGAUGAUGACAGUUAUGAGUGUCACUUUGGGAAUAAGCAGUGUAUAAUUAUGUAUGACAAUAAUAAUGUUGGCCUUGCCUGUCGACACGACAAACUUUAUGUAAUUUCCCUUUGUGAUGAUAUAAAUAAUGUGGGUUCUACCUCAAAUAUAAAUGUCGGUACCAAACGCAAACGUAAUGAUAAUGAGACUUCUUCGAAAUUAUGGCACUAUCGUUUAGGCCAUAUUUCGAGGGGGAGGAUUGAGCGUCUCAUUAAAGAUCAAGUUCUUCCUUCUCUUGAUUUUUCGGAUGCGGAUGUUGAUCAUUGUAUCGAUUGCAUCAAAGGAAAAUAUGCCAAGAAAAUUAAGAAAGGUGCAAACCGAAGCACGGGAGUUUUGGAAUUAAUUCAUACGGAUAUAUGUGGUCCGUUUAAUGUGAGAUCGAUGGACGGUUAUAAUUCAUUCAUAACGUUCACUGAUGAUUUCUCCCGUUAUGGAUAUAUUUAUCAAAUCAAAGAAAAAUCAGAGGCAUUAGACAAGUUCAAGAUUUUCAAAGCUGAGGUUGAAAAUCAAUGUAAUAAAAGAAUUAAAGUUGUAAGAUCUGAUCGUGGUGGUGAAUACUACGGCAGACAUGCAACUUAUGGUCAAAUUCCUGGACCAUUUGCAAAAUUCUUACAGGAAAAUGGCAUUGCCGCCCAAUACUCAGCACCGG